CUCUCUCUCCCGUUGGCUGUGCUUCAGUCGUUUCCGACCCUGUCAUUAGAGGGCGUGUCUAUGAAUCCACAUAGAAGCCUUCGGUGCAUCCGUGACUUCACACAGAGUCCCAGGCCAGCGAGCUCACUCCUUGGCCGUCUCGAGCUCAAGAGUUUUUUUUUUGGGAUCUGCUCCUCAGGGAUGGCCGCCUCGGUUCUGGAGGAGGAAACACGUUAUGGAUCAAGUCCUCUGGCAAUGCUGACCGCCACCUGCAACAAGUUCGGCAGCACCAGUCCCGUCCGCGACACGGCCACACCAGGCAAAACAGGAAGCGUGGCACCAGUGAAGAAACCCUACGGCAUGUCCUCCGACCUCCAGACACCCAAGAAUGGCCGAGGCAGCGAGGCCAUUGCAGACUCUUACAGCUCCUUUGGUGCAGGGGGAGGCCUACUCACUCCUACCGGCAGCCCCCCUCCACCUACAGGAGCGUACAGCUCCGACUACAACCCUUUCUCCUCGUUCCAGACCUCCACAGCCUCUCAGGACCCUUCUCUCCUUGUGACCAAAGCCCAUGCCACGGCUGAUUGCCUCACCAGUGUCUACACCUCGCUGGACCCGUACGGCUCCUGGUACAAGGCAGGCAUUCACCCAGGCAUUACGGCCGCACCGGCUAAUGCCACCUCCUCUUGGUGGGAUGUCCAUCCAGGCUCCAACUGGCUGAGUGCUGGCCAGACCCAACCGGAUGGUCUCCAGGCUUCCUUGCAGCCUGUAGCUCCACAGGCCUCUCUCAGCCCUCCCAUGCCCAGCUACAGCUCCGACUUCACCUCUCUGAACCCAGCCCCGUACUCCUCUGUGGGCCUGGGCUCCGCUUCGCACCUCCUGCAGUCUUCCCAGCACAUGCUCCCUCAGGACAUGUACAAACCCAAACCUGUGCCCAGCACCGGCCUCAUCGAGAACCCCAUGGGCCUGAAGCCAAGCCGUGGCUCUGGGGCUUAUGCAGGUGGCACGACCGGCACCGGCAGGUCCUCCUGCGACUGCCCCAACUGUCAGGAACUGGAGCGACUGGGAGCAUCAGCCGCCUCGCUGCGCAAGAAGCCUGUGCACAGCUGCCACAUACCAGGCUGUGGGAAGGUUUAUGGCAAGGCCUCCCACCUCAAGGCCCACUUGCGCUGGCACACGGGCGAGCGGCCCUUCGUCUGCAACUGGCUCUUCUGCGGCAAACGCUUCACACGCUCCGACGAGCUGGAGCGUCACGUGCGCACGCACACGCGUGAGAAGAAGUUCACCUGCCUGCUGUGCAACAAGCGCUUUACACGCAGCGACCACCUCAGCAAGCACCAGAAGACGCAUGCGGAGGCUGGCCUGCAGGGAAAGGCUGGAGGAGGAGAGGGUGAAGCAGAGCCCAGGGCACCGGAGGAAUCUGCAGACCCCAGCAGCAAUGGGGCCCCGUCUGGGGGUCCAGGGAACGGCCUCCAGGACCACACAACAAACGGAGAGGAGAAGAACACCACGGGGAACGUGGUAGAGAACAGCAGUGGACUGCUGGAGAUAUAACCUGUCUGAACUGCCUUCAGGCGGAGCUACUGUUGCAUAUACGGUGCUAAUCAACAUGAAAAAAAUGAUUGAAAAUGAGUCGUGAACAAAUUGUAGUUGUUCUAUGACUUUUGUCUUCUUAAAGACUCAGUUAAUCAGCUCAGAGGGAAGUGGAGUACCACUAACACAGAUAAUCUCCUGUGUGACAUUGAGGGACAUUUUAAGAAAACAGGAGAUAAAAAAAACUGGUUUUGUAUUUGUUUUUAGGCAGCCGUUUAGGAGGCCAUCUAUUGAGGCCUAAGAGAAGUUUUGCCUAAGCUUUUUUUUUGUAGAUUCUGAUGUUUCUUUUAGGAUGUUCAGUCAAAUUUUUAAUCUCUGUAUUUUCUGAACAUUAUUCACAGACCGGUGUUAAAUCAUUUGUCAUUUUUUCAAUGGCUUGCCCAGCAUUUUGGGCCUCAACAGCAGUUCCUUUGCAAUACAUUACAAUGUUUAUUUUAUGUAGAGACAUUUUAGUUUCUUGAUUUUAAACACCAGCCUUUCUGGAUGCAUAAUGAUUGUUACAGAAGGCCCUGCUUUGUCUGUAAUGAGGGAGUCAGAUGUACAGUUUAGUCUUUUCUUUGAGUUCCAUGUUGAUCUGUUGCUUGUCUUAUUUAAUGUCCUAUUUACAUAAAAUUUAAUUUAUGCCUUAAAUUAUGAACAUUUGAGAGACAAUCUUGCAUUUUACUGGCAAAAUGAGAAACAGACAAUGAAUCAAAGCCAGGCAUUAAGACUUUUCAUUUUAUGUGAUUAUUUAUUUAUUUUUUAGACACGUAAUUACAGAUUCUGCUGGCUGUUCUAUGGACUUUCCGUGUACAAUGAUUUUUGGCCGAACUGUAAGGAUUAAAGUAGAUUUUUCUAUGACAUGUAGUCUUAAUUGCAUUUUUUUUGUUUUGUUUGUUUACCACUAUGUACAUAUGAGACUCAAACCAUGAAGUGUUUCCAUUCCCCACCUAAUUAAAUUAAAUUAAGUGAAAUCAA